UCAAGUCUGGUCACGAGUCGUGUGGUGUAUGCCGUCGCCGUGUAUGGUGUAUACUACGUAGUGAGUAGAGACUAGAGGCCGUUGUACACAGAGACAGCAGCCAGUUUAUUAUUUUGUCUUUUUAAUUGUAAAUAAUUAUAAUAAUUGUUUCGUUAAUCAUUCACUUGAUAGUUAAUUCAAAAUAAAUCCAAUGGAAAUUAUCGAUAUAAAAGUGAUCUAAAAUGAACUAUACUGUAUAAACGCUUCUAUAGAUUUUACAUACAUUCAGCUGUAAUUUUUUUGUAAUAUUUUUAAACUCUAAAGAAAUGGGAGGCAAAGGAUCCAAACACGAUCGUGUUAUAGAUCCAUUAACGUUCGACGAAAAUGAUGCUAUCGAUAAAUUGAUGAGCUACAAAGAAAUUAUUUCUUUGGAAGAACUGUUACAAAGGUGGAAUUCAUAUUUAACACAUAACAUGAACAGUCAUAUUAAACAAUUGUUUGCAACCAACAAACCGUGUCGACAGCGUGUGGUGCAUGUCUACCGAUGUUUAUCAACCUGUGAAAUGUACCAUGAAUCUUACCUAAAAAUAAUGUCGAUUGUACUUGCGAAAUCAAACAUUGAACGAUAUACAAUUGAUCUUUUGGAAACUAUUAAUCUUUGUUUAAAGGAUACUGAUGAGUAUGCCUAUUGGAUCAGAAUUGGAGCUAAAUCACAUACUAUUCAUCAACUCGCAUCUCAAUUAUCAAAAGAUGGUUUGACCGGUGAUAUUGCUGCGUGGUUGCGAGGCAAUACUCUUCUUGGACUAUUGCAUAGAGCUCUGGUUACUACACUUUACUCAGUGCCACGGAAACUAGAUUUACUUCCAGCUAUCAAUAUAAAUCAAAAAUACAUACAAUCGUUUAAAACUAUUUUAGAUCUUGGAUGGAUAAUGUUCAUAAAAAAUAGUUUACCAGCCGACUGUCAAGAGAAUUGGAGAUUGUUGUUUUCAAGUAGUUCACACGGUGAAAGCUUCCAGUCACUAACUGCUGCCAUUAUCGACCAAGGAAGUACAAUUUUAAUCAUAAAAGAUAAUUUUGGUAAUGUCUUUGGAGGAUAUGCUUCACAAUCAUGGCUAUUAAAGCCUAAAUUUUAUGGAGACUCUGGUUGUUUUGUUUUCUCAUUAUAUCCAAAUUUGAAUAUAUGUGCUUCAUCUGGAUAUAAUGAUAAUUUUAUGUACAUGAAUAGUGGUCAGUAUACGCUACCAAAUGGUAUAGGAAUGGGAGGCCAAUUUGGCUAUUGGGGAUUAUGGAUAGAUUCAGAGUAUGGUAUUGGCAAAAGUAGUGCUUCGUGUUCAACAUUCAAUGACUACUCAAUGUUAUCAGCUAACAAAGACUUCAAGAUUGAUUCCUUAGAAAUAUGGUGUGUUAAAGAAAAACCAAAACUAGACGAUGAAGAGGAAGAAAGAAAACUUCCAUCAGAUAGAGAUGACUGGGAUAUGAAUCUAUUGGACAUGUCUGGACGUACAAAAUACUCUGAUGGGUUAAGAGACGAAGAUGAAUUUAAAUGAAUACCGAUGUCCAAUUAUAUUAGUUUAACUUGACUCAAUGUUCAACAGUUUUUAGUCUAAUAAAUUGCAUUUUUGCCCUGUCAAGAA